AUGACCACGCAACCAGCUACGACAACAACGCGCACUAAGAAACAAAAUCAUGCUAAUAUCCCCUGCCCCAUAGAAGACUGUGCACGUUUCACUUAUGGAAAACUUCCUGACCAUCUUACCAAAAUUCAUGGUUUAACAGGUGCCGAAAGAGACACUCUUAACGAACAACAGCGAAAACGUUUCUUUAACGGUGAGCUAUGUCAAGUGCGCUACCUCAAAGAAUCUGCCAUUCGUGACCUUUGGGGAGCAGAUUACGAAGAUCCUCGGAUCAAAGCGAAAAUUCACCAAAGUUACGCUCUUGUCAAAAUAAGAAUUAUUCCGCUUGCUGCCUCACAACGAGCUAGACCACUUACUGAACAAGAUGCUAAUGUCUUAACAGCCUACAAUGCUAGAACUGCUCCGCGCCCUGCCCGAGUAACAAGACCUCGAAACCGACCACGACCUUACCCACCACCAGAAAGCAGUCCAGGGACAACAAGCAGAGUUUCAAGUGAAUCCAGUGGGGAAGAAAAUGCUAGAACGACUUCUUUACCGCCAUCUCCUCCACCGUCAUCUCCUUCGUUACCACCUUCUCCCGCUCCUUAUGAAUUACCACCAGUAGAAACACGGUUACGCGAUAUAUUUGAUUCAAAAAUAGAUGCAGGAUACAAAGCAGUAAUUGAUGACAUGAAGAAGUCAAUGACGAUGGGGAGGAAACUUGGGCAGAGAAAACGAAAAACCUAUCGAACUUAUAGACGUUAUGCGAAACGAUUGAUUUCCUAUCUUCAUCGACAACACUCACCGCUUGCUUAUGACGUAGAUGUCCUUUUAUGUGGAGAAAGGCAAGUAUGUGCGUUUUUAGAGCGAAUUAGCAGCGAGCACAAAACAAAAACAUUGAGGAAUUAUAUUGUGGCAGCUAUCAAGUUGUUAGAUUCCCGUCUUUUUGCUAUCGAAACCGAUCCUUCUUGCAAAGAAAAGGUAGCUUCAAUGUCGAGAGUGUACGAUGUACUGCAUGGUCGUCUUAAUGACUGCGACCGGUUGCUGGCACAGAAAGAAACUGCUACUAGCCCAAAAGACUCAACUUCAAAUUUCGAUAGUGAUGACAUGCAACAAGGUUUCAAUGAAAGUUAUGAAGAACUGGUUUAA